AUGCCGCAGCUUUCCGAAAUUACUUACUCUCGCGAGGAGUGCAUCUCUGCAAUCCGCGGGUACUACGACUUCCUGACCAAACUGUACCUCAACGAAUCGGACGUCAUUGAACCCCCAGCGGAAGGAUGGCCGGAGAUUACAACCUCAAUCAUGCAGCUCUUGGGCAAGACAGAUGAAGUGAUCUCACUACUCCGCCAUUUGCCAUACAUUCAAAAGCCAAGCAACGACAUGUACUGGGCUCAAGGAACACCGCAUUGCACUUUUGCCGAUUGGCGGAACAUCUGCCAUCACAUAAGCCAGGACCCGAGUCGCGGCGAAGACUACAAGCUAGUUACGGAAAGCGUGUCCAUAUAUGAGAAUGUCCCUCCUCACGUUAUAAGUCUCACGAAUAGCGGACGGGACGAGCCAGUCUAUUUGCUUGAUACAAAGCUCGGCAUCGUCCUGUGGUUCGAAUGCCCCGGGGAGAUCAAGUACAACCCUUCACGAGAGUUGGUUCAUGAUGACCCAUACACUUACGAAGAGGACAUGGCCCAGGCCGAAUGGCGUGGAGAUAGUGCCGCAUGGACUGUGCCGGAUUUCUUUGAGACCCUCAAGGACCAAUGGCGCGAGCUUAACUUUAUUCCGAUUAGCCCUUGGUCGGCGGUGGAAAUCUAUACUGGUUAUGGCCUGGAAACGGAGGGAAUGAUAAAAAUGCUGCAGGGUAUCUAUAGGGAACAAGGGUGGCCGGACAUGGACAAAUAUCGCAAAGUGGAGUGUCUGAAAGCAGUGCACAAGGCCCUAAAGGAACGUUACCCAGGCAGGGCAGACUAUAUCUAUGGAGACAAGGAAUAA